UGAUGUCGUCAGCGCUGACAAGUUAUCUAUGACACAUAGAUAAUUCAUGCUUUACAAAAACUCGACGCGUAAUUGACGAAAAUUAAUUAAUCCCUCAGAACUACGCAGUUUCUCUCGCUGAACAGCUUGGGCUAAAGGGUCCUCACACGGGACAACCACUCGGGAAAUAUCUGAAGGAGGAGGAUCUAGAGAAACUGCGGGACGAGCAAGUGUGUCAGUUAUACGAAUUAAUGCUCGCAACAACCGGGAAGAAUACGGAAAAUAACACGAAGGAGAAAACGUAGUUACGUGUUAGUUCGUCGCCGAUACUUUCUAUCGCGUGUGAAAAAUUCCGAAGAUGAAAGCUUGGCGAGAAUCAGCGAGUUUGAUAUUAGCAGCACGACAUGGAGAAAAAUACAAUCACACAGUGUCACCUGCAAUUCACAAUUACAAUCUACUAUUUCUAAAACGUCAUCAAAAAUCGCAUGCCUUUCCUUCAUCAUACGUCUUUCCGGGUGGCACCGUACAUCCAGCUGAUUCUGAUAUGAAAUGGCACGAUUUUUUUGCCGCCUUUGGUUUCGACAAUGGUUUUGCAUCUUUAAUUCCAAAGAAUGCGGAGAGACCGUCGAUCUUUCGAUCGAAAGAGAAUGAGCUGCCCAAAGAGAUCUCGUUACGUAUUACAGCAAUUCGCGAAACUUUCGAGGAAUGCGGAAUUUUGAUGUGCAAACACAAAAAAGACAGCCAUAUAUCUUCUAAUUGGGCUCAAUAUAUGCCAAUCUCCAAAGAUGAAUUGCAAACAUGGCAAAAUAAGGUCCACAACAAUGCCACAGAAUUUUUUACACUUUGUGAAAAGUUGGAAUGUUAUCCGGAUUUAUGGGCAUUAUAUGAAUGGAACAAUUGGUUGUCGCCGACGAUGUAUGAACCUAAACAACGUUUUGACACUGUCUUUUACUUAGCUUGUAUGCCAUCCAUUCCUUAUACCGAGUAUGAAACAAGUGAAAUAGAGGAUUUAAAAUGGGUAACGCCAGAAAACUUCUUCUCUUCCUUGGCGAGCAUUAAGUUACCACCACCGCAAUGCUAUGAAAUUGCGACGUUAAAUAAAAUAAAGAAUGUAGACACUGUGCUGGAUCUGGCUAUGAAACGCAAUAAAAAAGGUGUGCAAAAAUAUUUUCCGGUGUGUACACGUGUGAAGGAUGGAUUGAUAUUUAUUUUGCCCGGAGAUACAAUGUAUCCAAAGGAAGUUAGCUUAUUGGAGAAGCAGGUUAUUGAUAAAUCGGAUAUCACCAGUGAUGAAUUUCAAAAGAUGGCACCGAUAAAAAAUAGAUUGGAAUUUACUGAUUUAUUCAAAAUUAAAUCAAUUUUUUUCAUUAAUGAGCAUAACAGAAAUAAUCAUACAGUAUUGCUAGCUAGUGAUGGAAAACCGGAAAUUAAAAACAAAUUUUAAUAAUAUAUUAUAAUAUAUUAUGAAUAUCAAAAUAUUUCUUUUAACUCAAAUUUUUAUUCUUAUCAAAUCUAUAUUUUUCAUGUGUUGGACAUCCAAAAUAAUAAAGUAUUCAAUCAUUAAUUGAUUUAGUUUAUUAAGUUAGCGGUAUCAGCGGUGACAUUUUUGUGAUAUUUAA